AUGGAGGAACUCGGCGCGUCAGAAUCGGUCGAGGAAGGGACUCUUCGAAGUCCAAGGAUCAAAAACUUGAUUCUGUUCAGCAGCCCAUUAUUUGGAGUACAACUUGCUUGGACGAUCCAACAGGUUUAUGGACUUGGCUUGCUCGGCCAUGUGAAGCCAUACCUAUCGUCACUGGGCUUCUCUGCCACUCAACUUCCCUUUCUGAUACUUUCAGGGCCUCUGGCCGGCUUGAUUGCCCCACCUGUGUUCGCCAUACUAAGCGACACUUGCCAGAGCAGGCUUGGUAAACGCAAACCCUUCAUCUUCGGUGGAGGGGCAGCAGUUGUUCUGUCGCUUUUGCUGCUCGCCAGGGCAAAGGAACUGGGCGAACUCUUGUCCACAUCCUUUUCAGCGGCGGGUGUAAACACUUUGCUGGCUAAGACGAUCGCGACAAUUUCUAUUUAUUGCCUUAAUUUUGCGAUGCAGCCGCUCUAUCUGGGGAUACGUGCCUGGUCCGUCGACUUCUUUUUGCCGCACCAGCAGCCCGUCAUCAGUUUGUGGAGCAGCAGGUUCAUGUCUCUGGGUUCUCUAUUUGUUGCUUUCGUCGGAUACGGGAGCCAAAAGCCUUCAUUCAGGAUCUACCUCCAAUCACACGACAUGUUUGUCGUACCCAACUCCUUGCCUGGUUCGCUUGGUUUCCAAUUCUACAAUAUAGCAGCAGACCGUGAUAAUUACAGCUAUGUCUACGAGGUUUACGAGGCAAACACUUCCCUAAAUCCAAACGCGGCGAUCGCAAGAGUGUCGUUGAUGUUUUAUGUGGCCAUGUUCGCCACAAAUCUGGCUGUCCCAUAUCUCUGGCGGUUUUCAGCGAAGGAAUCGUCUGAAUCCAGCUUGUCGGAAAAUGAGGGUAAUGGGAAUCAUUCUCACCACACGCGGGGGGAUCACGUCUUGCUGCAGACCUGGCGCAUUUGCUUGAUCAUUUUGGCAAUCUGGCUGCUAGGACUAUCCCUCUCCUCGUCGCGGCCCUUAGCUGUGUCCAUCAUCUUUGCUGCUACAGGGGUUCUGUUUGCGAUUGCAAACUGGGUACCGUACUCCCUUAUUUCGCAGGAGAUAUCAUCGCGCUCGAAAUUGAAACAUGAAUGCGAAGGAGUUGAUCACGAGCUUGAGCACGAGGACAGCGGAUCAGAUACCGCGAGACUAUUGGCCAUUCACAAUAUGUCGAUUACUGUCCCCCAAAUUCUUUUCUCGCUUGCUAGCGCUACGCUUCUGUCAAUUUUAGGACGGCUAGGAACACCGCUGGAUGUAUCGUGGAUCUUUCUUAUGAGCAUUCCAGCAGCAGUCCUUUCAGCAUGGCUGGUCUAA